AAACAAAAAAUAUAAAUAAAUUUUUUCAAUUUUUAAUAAGGUUGAAUAAACUUAAACUAGCGAAAUUAUUUCAUUGUAAUAAAUAAUAUAAAACUAUUGAUUUAAUAUAUGUUUUAUUGAGAGAAGCGAGACAAGAAAUUCUAUUUGGAACUUUUUUUUCAUAUGCUUUUAUGAAUUCGUAGGUUAUAUUUUUAAAGGAAAAAAUAAAAAAUGUCGAAAAUUAAUUCGAAAAUUGUUGGAGCAACUUUAAAUUUUAUGAAGAGAACACAGUUUUCAAAAAGACAAGAAUUCUGUCGAAUUUAUCAUUCUUGUCAUGCAAUAAAGAAUUUAACAUCAACGUCGAAUAAAACAAAACAAUUGGGUUAUUGCAGCGAGAGUUUAUCAAAGUGUUGGAAUUGCAAAUUUCCCUUUAAAUCAGAAUUAUUUUGUUCAAAAUGUAAAUCCCUGCAGGAAAUGCCGGAGGAUUUAACGUAUUUCGAUAUUAUUGGAGUAAAAAAAGAUUUCGAUAUUGAUAAAAAUGACCUACAGAAAAAAUACCGUCAAAUGCAAAAUAGACUUCAUCCUGAUAAAUUUAGCAACAGCUCAGAGGAAGAGAGGCAAAUAUCCGAGAAACUUUCUUCGUUGAUAAACAAGGCUUAUCACACAUUAUCACUUCCAUUACAGAGGGGAAUAUAUCUAUUAAAAUUGAAUAAUAUAACACUUCCCGAGAGCACAACAAAUGUUGAUCCAGAAUUUCUCAUGGAUAUUUUAGAGAAAAAUGAAGAAGUCGAAAAAGCAUCUAAAGACGAAUCAACAGCUAUUAAAUUAAUUGUAGAAAAUAGAAAAACACUAGCCGAUUUAACAAAAAAUGUAUCUGAUGCUUUUAAACGACAGGAUAUUGAAACAGCGAAACAAUUGUUAACAAAAAUGAGAUACUACACGAGCAUUGAAACAAGAUUGAAAAAAAUUAAGCAAGAUAUAGGAAUUGUAGAAUAAACAAUUUAGAAUAAUGUACUGUAAAUAAUAGUUCUCAGUGUAACAACAUUCAGAGUUUUAUGUAUAUGAGUAAAUUCUCAUAAAAACAAAAAACAAAAUUGUGAUAAUGAAUUUUUAUGUUAUUUCAAGAAUUUGAAAUC